AUGGCGAUGUCUCUGCACCGUCUCUUCUCCUACGUCUUGGGGGCGCUCGUCGUCUCUGCAGCCGCACAUGCGUCAGCUCCCUCCGCGACGUCGACCGCUGCGACCAGCACCCUCACAGGCAUCGCCGCGACUGCUCCUACCGUCGGUCCCUCCCAUCAAGUAGGCAGGUUGCCAGCUCUCGGCUGGAACUCCUGGAACGGGCACGCAUGCAAUAUCAACGAAACCAUUUUCCUUGACGCUGCCAACCAGUUCAUCUUCCUUGGCCUGGCUGAUGCAGGCUACGAGUACAUAAACAUCGACGACUGCUGGCAGAGUGAGACCAGAGACGCGUCCACGGGCCGGAUCGUGCCCGAACCGAGCAAGUUCCCGAGUGGCAUCAACGGCAUCGCUGACCAGGUGCACGCCCUCGGCCUGAAGCUCGGGAUAUAUAGCGAUGCUGGCGCGAAGACCUGCGAUGGGCUCCCCGCCUCUCUCGGAAACGAAACGUUGGACGCGGAGACGUUCAUCGAGUGGGGCGUCGACUACAAUUGUAACAUUCCUAGCAACUGGACGGAUGCCGCCACCCCGCCUGAUGACGACUGGUACAACUCGAACUCUGCUAUUCGCUACCGCCAAAUGACGGCGGCGCUGAACCAGACCGGGAAGCCCAUCCACUUCAGCCUCUGCAUCUGGGGCACCGCUAACGUGUGGGAGUGGGGCGCUCGCGUGGGCCACUCGUGGCGCAUGACCAACGACAUCAGCGCCAUCUUGGCGGCAAACGCACAGCAUCUCGAUUCAGUCGACUUCUUUUCCCACAACGAUAUGGAUAUGAUAGAGAUCGGCAACGGCGACUUGACCUUACAGGAGCAGCGAACCCACUUCGCCGCAUGGGCGUUCAUGAAGAGCCCCAUCCUCCUCGGGACCGAUCUCAACAAUCUCAACUCGACUCAGCUGGACAUAAUCAAGAACGCUGAACUGCUCGCGUUCCACCAGGACCCCAUUGUUGGAACCCCGGCCACACCAUUCAACGCGACAGCAUCUGCUCCCAGCACUUCGCCUCCCGAGUUCUACGCUGGGAGGUCCUCGAAGGGAAUGCACGUCUUUAUCAUCAACACUAACACAACGGCCACGAAGACGUUUGACUUCGCAAACGUUCCGGGCCUCGGCUUUGGUCGGUUCAGGGUCCAAGACAUGUGGACGGGCAAAGACCUAGGAACCUUCGCAAACGAAUUCUCGAUCACCGUGGACACUCAUGAUACUGCUGCACUCUUGAUCCACCGUGCAUAG